AAAAAAUAAAAUAAAUUAUCAAUCUCUCUGGAAUAAUAACUAGUUUCAGUUUGUUUGAGCUAAAGUAGGAACCUUUUCUGCAAAAGCUAGGGUUUGUUUGUUUUUUGAGUAUUUUGAUUUAAAUUGGUAUUUCUCUGCCGAAUUAGUCGAGAAGAUCAUCUAUCUCGGGGUUUUUGUUUGUUUAAUUUACUUAUCUUGAGCUAAAGUUGAUAUCUUUUCUAUGAGAGCUAGGGUUUGUUUACGUUGAAAUUCGAUAUAAUAUCUGCAAGAAUUAGUCUAUUAGGUAAUGAUUGAUCUUGGGUUUUAGAUUGUUUAAUUUGUUUAUCUUGAGCUAGGGUUCGUUUCGAAAUUCGAUAUAAUAUCUGCAAGAAUUAGUCUAUUUGGUAACACGUGAUCUUUGGUUUUGAAUUGUUUAAUUUGUUUAUCUUGAGGUAAAUUUGAUAUCUUUGCUAUUAGUGCUAGGGUUUGUUUGUUUGGCAUUUGGGGUCAUUCGUAUUACUCGUGUGAAUCUUGUGGUCAUGGAUUACGGUAGAGAAAGUGGUAAUGUGGUUCAUAUAAUUCCUACUAAUCAAGUGAUUGAUGUUGAGAAGUGGGGUUCGGGCUCUGCUGAUCAGGCGAUUUGGGCAACUGAGGAAGAUUACGGGGCAUGGAAUAGAGAGGCUUCGGUUGAUGUUAAUUCUAAUUAUGAUGGUAAGCAAUCGCAAAGUCGAUCAGGAAGUGAGCCUCCUAAUAAGAAAUUGAGAAAUGCACAAUCAGUAGAUUUGCAGUCGAAUAAUCGGUCGAAGGCGAUAGGGAAGAUGUUCUUUAAGACUAAACUGUGCUGUAAGUUCCGUGCUGGGACUUGCCCCUACGUUACUAAUUGUAAUUUUGCACAUAGCAUUGAAGAGCUUCGAAGGCCACCUCCCAAUUGGCAGGAAAUUGUGGCGGCUCAUGAAGAAGAACAGGGCAUAUCGUCUGAGCCAAGGGAGGAGUUUCAGAUUCCUUCUUUGGAUUCCAAUGUUUUUCCGCCAGAGAUGCAGAGGUCUUCUAAAGGGCGACACUGCAAAAAGUUCUUCACUGAAGAAGGUUGUCCAUAUGGGGAUAAUUGCACUUUUGUUCAUGAUGAGCAAUCUAGAGCUCGUGAAAGUGUGGCAAUAAGUUUGGGUCCUGGGUCUGGUGGUGGAUACAGUGGUGGAACUGUUAACACGGCUGGGAAUGUUUUAAGUCCGUCAACCUUGAAGCCUUCUAAUUGGAAAACAAGAAUCUGUAACAAAUGGGAACAGACAGGGUAUUGCCCGUUUGGCAACAAGUGCCAUUUUGCUCAUGGGGCUGAAGAACUGCACCGUUAUGGUGGUGGGCUUAUGGAUAGUGAAGGCAAAGACUUCUCAUCUCCUUUGGAUGCAAAACUGGGGAUGGCGGCUUCUAAAUCUCCAGCUGAUAAUCUAGCUGCUUCAGUUAAUCAUUCGGACAAUUAUCAUGUUGGAGGUCAAUCACAGAGGUUGGCGAAUGUAGUGCAGUGGACAGAGCAGAGACCCCAAAAAUGGAAGGGCCCGGACAAGAUUAGCUUAAUAUAUGGUGAUUGGAUAGAGGACCUUAACUGAUUAUAUUAAGUAGCUGCUUAUGGUGAGAGAAUAUGAAGGUUGACUAAAUUAUCCAUGAUUUUGAUCACUAGACUGAGCAAGGAAGUGUUAGGAUUGGAUUUAUAUUGAGAAAUGUAGUCUUGCUAUUAUGUAUAAAGAUAUUCCAGAAGACAUUGUCUAGUUAGUUUUCAGGACUUCUACAAGGUUGUAGUUUAGACUUUUUAAAAUUUGACGCUGCUUCACGUACUCCGUUCCUUUAGAGAUGUUGAACAUGACUUCUGUUUGGUUCAUCUGUAUUCUGUAAUGCAGGCUAUAUGCUUGUUUCCUUA